GGACCACAAAGAGAUCCUUUGUCAACAGUCAUACCCAUGACUCUUGUGUACAGUCUAAUCCUAAUGACUGGCGUCACUGGCAACAUUUGCACUUGCAUUGUAAUUGCUAGAAAUCGCUACAUGCACACUGCAACCAAUUACUAUCUUUUCAGUCUGGCUAUAUCGGAUCUGUUAUUGCUAAUCCUGGGUUUGCCGCAAGAACUUUACCAGCUGUGGUACAAGUAUCCUUAUAUAUUUGGAGAGCCAGUCUGCAUAUUACGUGGGCUGACAUCUGAGAUGUCUACCAAUGCAUCUAUAUUAACCAUUACAGCGUUCACAGUGGAGCGCUACGUUGCAAUAUGUCAUCCAUUCCGGGCUCAGACAAUGUCACAUUUGCCGAGAGCUGUCAAGACCAUACUGUGCAUCUGGAUCAUUGCAGCAUUGUGCGCCUUGCCGACAGCUCUGCAAUUUGGAAUCCGAUAUGAAAUUGAUGACAACGGACAGACAUUGUGGAAAACAGCCCUCUGCGGCAUCAUCAAUCCAUUUCCGCACAUUUUUGAGAUCUCGACAGGACUGUUUUUUGUUCUGCCAAUAAUCGUGAUCUCGGUUCUCUAUGUCUUCAUCGGGAUCCGUCUGCGUCAAGUGAGCAUUGGCAACCAAAAGGACAGUAUAAAUGAUUGCAAUCAUUUAUCCAAGGCGAAGAUGAAUUCCAGGAAAGCCGUUGUGAAGAUGCUUAAAUCAACUUCCAAAUCACCUAGUAAAGAAACAAGCGCCGUUCCUGUUGCAACACUUGUUGGGCGAGGCAUUUUUGGAAACGCAGUGAAGAAAGAAGCUCUGAAAUUCUUGGAAACAAUGUGCGCAAUCUGCUCUCAUUAG